UCUUGACUUCGCUCUCCAAAGACUAAUUGUAAGAACAAUGAUGUGAGAAAAAACCAGAGAUGGUGUGAGUGGUUUAGGGUUUGAUUAUGUGGAUGGCUACUCAAUCAAAUUCUGGGUUCGAGUCUUUGAAUUCUAUGAUGAGUCGUCACGCUAUUAAUUUCCAAUCUAACACCUCCUCGGAGAUGAUUCCAAUGAGUCCGUACUUGGGGAUGAGUAUGAUCAAUGUUGCUUCUCCUGGUUUAGUUCAAACCGGGAAUUCUUCGAAUGCUUCUGAUUCGGUUUCUGGCCUCAUGCUUGAUACUUCCAUGGUUAGUGAAUGGUCAAAUGAAGAACAAUACAUAUUGGAUGAUGGUCUUGAAAAAUAUAAGGAUAUACCAAGUAUCGAGAGGUAUAUUCAAAUUGGAAACAGUUUACCUGAUAAAAGUGUUCGAGAUAUUGCUUUGCGGUGUAUGUGGAUGACGAGAAAGAGAAGAAAAUCAGAAGAAUUAAAUUGUGGGAGAAGAACAAGUUCUAGCAAGGACAAGCAGGUGGAAUCGUCUUCUAAGUCAAGCAUUCCCUCUGUUAUGCCUCAUAACAUGGCUUCGUAUCCUUUCUCAGUGCCCUCUACAAGCACCAGUAAACAAAUUACAUCUGAAGAUUUAAGUGGCCAUGCAAUAAAUCUCUUAGAACAGAAUGUACGAGCUUUUAGUCAAAUUAGAGCUAAUCUCUCCUCAUUUAAGGUAGAGGAUAAUGUAGAUCUCUUUCGUCAGGCAAGGAACAACCUUAUCACCAUCCAAAAUGACAUGAAUAAUAUGCCUGGCUUGAUGAACCAGAUGCCACCAUUGCCGGUCACAAUCAAUGAUGAUCUCUCGGUGAUGCCAUUCAACACGAUGCAAAGUGGCGGCUUCCAUACGAAGCAGAAGACUUGAAUCAUCUGGUUUCCCUUAAUUACCUGUAAUUAAUUAUUCUAAAGAAGCUGGAGGAGGAAAAAAAAGCUCAUCACAUGUUGUGAAGUUUGUAGAAAUGUGAUUCUUUCGUAACACCAAGGAUCUUUAUUGCCGUGCCCCGAAUGUUGAAACAGG